GAAAGCACUAGUUCACUCCCACUGGGCUGCUGAAAGUGAACUGCUCACAUUCCGAAAGUGAAAGUCAGCACAGAGGAAUAAGGGAAAGAAUAACAUUUCCUAAGAACAGACGUUUUGCAGAAGUGUGAUGCCGUUGUUUAAAUGUCCGGCCAUGUUGAAGUUUCCUCCAGCAGUGACUAAGUGACUGAGUGACGGUGGAGUCAUGCUGAAGUGGAGUGUGUUGGUGUAUGUGGUCGGGGGGAUGGUGGCGCUGCUCCACCUGCAUUACACACACCAGAGGAUGCUGACGGAGCUGCAGAGCGUCAAGAGAGAGUGCAGCAACUUAUACUGUUACUACUGCUGCUCGGGGUGGACCUCCAUGUCGCUGGACUGUGGGAGCAGCAGAGGGAAACGGGACGUGUCCUCUCAGAGAAAACUGAGACCGAAGAGACAGACAGAACAGCGCAUGUUUCUGCACCUGGUUCCUGCCUCCACCUAUUCAUAUGAUGAACGUGAUUUGACUGUUCUGUCCUGGGCGGUUGGGCGUAGCAAGGGGGCGGGGCUUCAGGUAUCAGGGGAGUCCAUCACCGUGGUGACAGAGGGAUUGUACUUCAUUUACAGUCAGGUACUCUAUAAGGAUCCCACCUGGCUGAUGGGUCACGUGAUCACCAAGCGUCACAAGGGGGCAGAGACUAAACUGAUGAAGUGCCUGAAGAGCAUGCACAGUAACGGGAGCAUGGCUCUCAACACGUGUUACACUGCAGGCGUUCAUUUCCUGGAGUCCGGAUCAGUUCUGGAACUUUCUAUCCCACGGAGCUCAGCUGAGCUCGACAUCUCAGCUCAUGCCACCUUUAUGGGGAUCUUCAGUAUCUGAGCCACAGCCUUUACACAAUGUUGACUCCUGUUCUGCUUGUUCCAUUUUGGAGGCUGUGGAGACACCCAGUGGACAAAUAAAGAACUACAGCAACAAAUCACAAGAAAAUGCUAUAAUAGAUUUACUCUGCUUAUCUGUUACACAUCAUUUUUUCACACAUAAACUGAACAGUCAUGUGAUCAUGUACAUUUUUUUACUUUCUUAAAAAAUGCUACAUUUUUUUG